UCGGUCGUGCCAAGUUAGAAGUUUCUAGAUAAUUUUUAGAAAAUCACCAAACAAAUGUCGGCGUUAUCUUGACGAGGUUGAUAUGCCUUCGUUAAUGAAAGAAAAUAAAUUCGAAUGCCGAGUUAGCUCGGUGCUAAACAAAAACGUCCGAUCUUACGGAAAGAAACACAUGUUUGACGAUUCCAAUGAGACAUGUUGGAAUUCCGAUGCGGGUACUCCACAAUGGGUUAUUAUUAACUUCGAAGAAGAGUGUAGUCUUUCCAGCUUUGAGAUAGAAUUUCAAGGUGGAUUUGCUGGCAAAGAAUGCUAUCUGGAAGCUGGUUGCAAUGAGAAAAACACAGUAGUUGUAGAAGCGUUUUAUCCAGAGGAUGUGAACAACCUACAGCGAUUCAACUUAGCUAAUAAAAUCAAAGCUAGGACUUUGAAAUUUGUAUUCAAUCAGAGCACCGAUUUCUUUGGCAGAAUUAUCAUAUAUAACUUAUCAUUAUAUUCGUGAUAUUUCUGA